AUGGCACAGCAGGCCCUAGCCCAUGUUCGCAAAGAACCACUCUUGCCAAGCACUAUGCCUCUUUUUCCUCCCCCACCUCCAGCGGAUCAGAUUUCUAGCGUUAAUGGUCCAGUCUACUCAGGCAUACCACAUGGAGGCCCUCUUGCAGUUCUACAGCAGGUGUAUGGUUGGCCUUCUAUCUUGGGAAAGCGAAGAAGGGACGAAGAAGAAGACCCAAUUUACAUGGCUGGAACAAAUAUCCAUGCCAUCACGAAUUCUGUGAGUUUCAGCUCUACAUCUCUAUCUGUUAUCGACAUUUUGCUAGUUGGUUAUUUGGAAAAAAAAAGUGAUAAAUACGAGUUGACCAAUGGCGAAAAAAGCACGAUCAAGGCUAAUCUACAGCCAACUCUCGACCCGCAAUCUCUUCUCAUUUUCAAUCUUAUAAUACCCCCAGGCCGCAGUACAGCCACGCGCUUGACAUUCUACUUGCAAUAUAGAUAUUGA